GUGACUGUACGAAAGCGUUGUCAGCAGUAAGAUCUGUUUGCAGAACACACGAGUGAAAAUGAGCGUCAGAAGGAACGGAUGCCAGAGCCCAGCCCAGAGCUGGGACACAUAAAGCUAUGCUUGCAUCAAACCUACAUGGAGCCCAAGCCUGGACACCAGCUUUUCUGCUCCAGCCCCGCACCAGGCGCGACCUGCUUCCCAUGAACCUUUGCUCCACGCUCCCGCGAGGGCGCGUGCUCCCUACCCAGCAGUCCUCGCGCGGCCCGGUACAGCGGACACCCAGGACUCCAAGAUGGCGUCGCCCGUACCAGUGAAAGAGAAGAAGCUCAUGGAUGUGAAGCUAGGAGAGCUGCCAGGCUGGAUACUGAUGCGAGAUUUCACCCCUAGAGGCAUUGCUGGCGCAUUUCAAAGAGGUUACUACCGGUAUUACAACAAGUAUGUCAAUGUGAAGAAAGGGAGCGUUGCUGGAAUUUCUAUGGUGCUGGCAGCUUAUGUGCUUUUCAACUAUUGUCGGUGUUACAAGGAACUCACACGUGAGCGGCAAAGCUGGGGACCCUGGUGCUUUGUUGGGAGAAUUUACUGGAUCAAUCGAACGGGCAGCCUCCCAAAGUGUUACUUCCUCUCUUUUGUUGUUGAUGAGAUUCUGAUGUUAACUCUACCAAACGUGUCUCAUGCUGCACAUACUUGGAAACUGGCUUUUUAUGUUGCUCAUUUAGAGAAGAACGAAGCCUUCCUUGGAACACAGGUUGCAAUUAUUAAGUCACAGCCAAGGAAACACUGCUGAUAUCUCAGGUUUGCA